AGAGUCAGCCCACCCCAGCUUUGGGGGCCAGUACAUAGCCAUGAUCCUCAACUGGAAGCUCCUGGGGAUCCUGGUCCUUUGCCUGCACACCAGAGGCAUCUCAGGCAGCGAGGACCACCCCUCUCACCCACCCGCAGAGGACCGAGAGGAGGCAGGCUCCCCAACAUUGCCUCAGGGCCCCCCAGUCCCCGGUGACCCUUGGCCAGGGGCACCCCCUCUCUUUGAAGAUCCUCCGCCUCCCCGCCCCAGUCGUCCCUGGAGAGACCUGCCUGAAACUGGAGUCUGGCCCCCUGAACCGCCUAGAACGGAUCCUCCUCAACCUCCCCGGCCUGAUGACCCUUGGCCGGCAGGACCCCAGCCCCCAGAAAACCCCUGGCCUCCUGCCCCUGAGGUGGACCACCGACCUCAGGAGGAGCCAGACCUGGACCCACCACGGGAAGAGUACAGAUAAUGGGGUCCCCCAAGCCGUUCUGCUGCCAGGCAUCUCAGGCACCCACGCCCUCUCCACCCUCUGAUUCCCCGUGAAUUCUUCCCAAUUUAGCCUGGCUCCUUAAACCUCUUCCUCAUUCCCUCGGCUUUAUUCUGAACCCGUAAGGUGGUGUUCUCAAUAUUUCCUGUCCGCUCCUGAGAUCCGUACUUAGUCCUCACAUCGCCCGUUUUUUCCUCUGACAGCCUAAACCCACUCUCCUACCUCACCUCCAGGCCUCGGCCCCACCUACCUCCCACCCGGUCUUCCUGCCCGCGCGAUCGCUGGGGCAGGGCUGCGGUACUGUGUUCCCUUCUGCCACCUGGUGGCCAGCGGCAGGAACUAUCAGUAGACAGCUGUUGCUUCCAUGAAACGGAAAAAUAAAAAUCAUGUUUUCUUAAUUUUGAA